AUGAUUGGAGGUCUGCAGGCCAUGGUGGGGUUUCUAAAGAUUUUUGGAUACCGUACCGAUAAGACACCCACAGGAUGGAACAUCGACACAGAAAGACAGCAGCUCAUCUCCUCGCUCAUGACGCUGGGAGCUUUCAUCAGCUCCGCUACUGCUGGUGUACCAUCCACCCGGUUCGGACGACGCAUGUGUCUGGUUGCGGCUUGUAUUACCUGCUUCGUUGCCAACAUCAUGAUGAUGGCUACGGAGAACAUCGGGGCGCUCUAUGCUGGUCGUCUAAUUAUUGGUCUCGCGAACGGCUACUUCAUGACCUUCUCGCAGCUAUACCUACAGGAGAGCAGUACGGCAGAACUUCGUGGCGUGUUUCUGACGGGCUUCAACUUCUUCGUCUCCUUUGGAACACUAAUUGGCACCAUCAUUGACUGGGCCACUGCAAAACGACCAGACAAGUCCGCUUACCUCAUCCCGCUCGGUCUCAUCUAUGUGUUCCCUCUCAUCAUCAUCUGCACAAUAUGGUUCAUCCCAGAAAGUCCACGUUGGCUCAUUCUACAAGGCCGCUUCGAAGAGGGAGUAAAAGCACUUGAAUGGCUACGUCCAGCGCGCCACGAUUCCCGUGCCGAAGCCUCUGCAAUCCUAGCAGCGAUUGAAAAGGAAAAGGAAACGAGCUCUGGUAUAGGCUGGCUCGACAUGUUCAGCAACCCUGUCGAUCGCCGCCGUACCUUCCUUGCGGUUUUCGCCGUCCUGCUUCAAGCAGCAUCGGGCUCCAUGUUCAUCAUCGCGUACAAAGCGUACUUUCUGCAAAUGGCAAAAGUAUCCGACCCCUUCGCCAUGUCCAACGUCCUCUCCGCCAUCAGCAUAGUAGCCUUCAUCGCAAACUCCUUCAUCGUCGUACGCUACGGAAACCGGCGCGUGCUCCUCAUGACCGGCCUCCUCGUCUGCGGCAUCCUCCAACUUAUCAUCGCCGUCGUCUUCCACCAAGCGCCCAACGCAAAGUCCACCGGAAAAGUCACAGUUGGUUUAACCGCCAUCUACAUGUUCAGUUACAACGGCAUGAUAUCAACAUACGCUUGGCUUUCCGGCGGCGAACUCCCUACUCAGCGUCUGCGCUCCCAUACGUUUGGUCUGGCUGCUAGUGCGGGAUUUGUAGGCGCGUGGCUUACCACGUUUACUGCCCCGUACUUUAUUAAUCCACAGGCCAUGAAUUGGGGACCGAGGUAUGGGUUUAUUUGGGCGCCGUCUUGUGCUAUUGCUGCUACGUGGGUGUUUUUCUUCCUCCCUGAGGUUAAGAAUAGGACGUUGGAGGAGAUUGAUGAAAUGUUUGAGGCUGGGUUGGCGGCUAGGAAGUUUAGUAGUUAUAAGUGUGUGGGCGCUGCGAGGCAUGAUGAUGAGGGUAAAGGGAGGAGAAGCGUAGAAAAGGAGAAGGAGGUUACUGUCUUUGCGAAUGAGAAGGUUGCUGCUGAGACGAGUGUGUCGAGGGACUAG